AUGGAUCGUCUACCGAUUACAAGCAUGAAAAAGUUGAAGCAUCCAUCAAAUAUGUCUUUAAAUAGUAAAAUAAUGUUAGAUUCAAAGAAGGGUACUAUCUACUGUAUUUGUCGUUCAACAGAUUGUUCAAGAUUUAUGAUUGGAUGUGACUCGUGCGAUCAAUGGUAUCAUGGUGAUUGUAUUGGUAUGACUGAAAAAGAAUCGUCAAAAAUUGAAGAAUUCUUUUGUCAUCGUUGUCGUUUUAAAACUCCCACGCUACGAAUUAAAUAUACGCUGCCUCAGAAAGAAGCCGAAGAAAAAUUGCAUAAAGUUAUUCAGAGACCGACGACGGUCGCUAAUGAUUCGUCAUUACAAGAACGAGUUUCGAUGACGAAUAUGCACAUUAAUCCUCAUACUUCUAAUGAUAUUUACUAUGACUCAAGCAAUUCUGAUUCAUCAUCUGCAUUAUCAUCUUCAACAACAACAACUCUCAUGAAACCAUACGAUUCUUCAUAUACUCAUUCUAAUCAAUCUUUGAUCAAUUCGGAUUUAUCAACAAGCAAUCAAAUACAAACUGUACAAUAUGAAACAUUAGAAGCCAAACUAGAUACACAAAGUUUAUUUGAUCGAUAUUCGACAAUCAAGCAAGAACAAAAAGAAAUAAAAACCGAAAAUGAUAUAUUAGAUCAAACAAAACAAUCUCUGUUGCCACCACCACCAACCAAACGUAGUGGAAAUAAAGGAGAAACAACGAAACGAAAACGAAGUGCGGCUGAAUCUAAUAAUUGUACGGAUAGAUCAAAUAAUUAUAAUCAAGCGGAUCAUCGUCGUUAUAGUUCUCGGCAUCGUUGUGAUCAAUCUGAAGAAUGGCCGCGACAAUGUUUUGGACCUGGUUGUGUACACGAGGCACGAACAAAUUCGAAAUAUUGUUCAGAUGAAUGUGGUUUAGAAUUAGCACGAAAUCGUUUAUUACAAUUUUUGCCCAUGCGCAUGAUGUGUUGGCAAGCCAUACCGUCUACUGCCGAUGUGUUAAAUUUAAAUGCACUUGAGGACAUUAAAUUAGAAAUUGAUGAAAUAAAACGACGACUUGUGGUAUUAGAUGAUGAUCAACGCAAGUUAGAUGAUAUUGUUGAGAAGGGAAGGAAAUUAAAAGCAAUAAAAGAUGCUAAUAAAUUAGAUCCAUCAAACGAAGAACCAGACUGGACUUGUUUUUGUAUCUUGUGUAAUCAAGAAGUUAGUCAAAAAUCAUAUAUGAGACACAUUGAUAAAUGUUUCAUUAGGUAUGAAAGUCAAGUAUCGUAUGGUUCUAAUGUAAAAUCCAAUAUUGAAGGUUUAUUUUGUGAUCAUUAUGAUCCAACAAAUCAAUUAUAUUGUAAACGUUUAAAAGUAAUCUGUCCAGAACAUUCUCGAGAUCCAAAAAUUGGUCUAGAUGAAGCAUGUGGUUGUCCAAUUGAAAAAAAUUUAUUUGAUGUGUCUGAUGAACUGUGUAUAAUACCAAAACGAACAUGUACAAAACAUUUGAAAUGGGAUAGAAAAAGACGAGCACAAAUUGAUUUAGAACGUCUACAUGAGUUAAUGCGUUUGGAAGAAUUGGUCGAAAAAGAAAAUCGUUUACGUUCAGCUGUAGCAGAUCGUGGUAGUGUAGCCGGCUUAUUAAUGCAUAAAACAAUUCCUCAUUAA